AUGCACACCUCACGACCUCGCUCGUCUGCGAGGCCCCACAGCCUAGGCUCCAACGCUGGUAACGGCUUCGUGUAUGGCGGAGCAGGCUCGCACGUGGCCUCGAGCCCAGGUCCAGCUUCACCUACCUCUCCCCCUCCCACUGCAGACUUUUCAGCGCACGAUGCACGGACGAUGACCGAUUCGCCCACCGUCGUCAUGUCCAACAUUGGCUCCAUACUGGGUCGACGUCACUCGGCCGCAGCAGGCGCAGACAGGGGCAGUCCGUCGCGUAUGAGUGUGGGUGACGACCUUCCUCAUAUGCCAGCUGCGCCCCCUUCGAGGCAGACCACGCUAUCACCCCCCAUCAACUAUUCUCAGCCGAAGUGGGCUCCUCCCGCUACCAUGUCUGCUGCAAUAACUAGCGCGCAGGUGGGCUGGGCAGGUGAAGAUUACGACUCUGAAUACCAUAGCGAAAAGGCGGAUGCCACCCUUGCGGGAUCGCCUCGCGAGACCGCAUACACGCAAGCGGAUUCCAAGCUGCGAAGACUUAGAGGUCAGAGCGUGUUGCUCGAGAGGGAAGCGGCUCGAGUGCGGGACAAGGGCGUACAGAAGCUUCGAAUGAGGUGGAGAGUAUUGGCAGGCACCACGGUGCUGCUACUGCUCACACUCAGCGCCUAUGUACUCGCCAGGUACAUUCUCGCCUUCCUCAACCUCUCACCUGCCACCUUCCUCCUUUCCGACGCUGCCGACGGAACCUCCAACUCUCCGGAUCCUCAACUCAGAAUGAUGGCGCUCAUUGCAGUCAUUGUCUCGGCCAUGAGUACCUCAGGAGUGCUGGCGAGCGGCGUAUACCUGCGCUUCUCCAGAAAGACAUCUUGCGGAACGUACUUCAUUUGGAUCACCGCAAUUGUCAGCACGACGAUGAGCGUUGCCUUGUGCGUCGUCAACCUGGCACUCAUUCUUGUCUGGCAUCAGCGCUACACAUCCGGAGCAGGUGCAGGAUCGUCGCUAGCAGCAACGCGCGAUGUGGGCCAACGCUGUGCGGGCAAUUGGGACAUGGACAUUCUGUGGUCCGCAGCUGAAAGCUCGCCCAUCGCCAAAGUGGAUAAGGACAACACCAACUGUUCCAAGGUCCCCGCCCACACUUUGAGAAUGUUCCUCAUAGCAGCCAGCGUAAGAUUGGGAUUGUUUGUGCUUUUUAGCGCCUUCUGGAUGGCAGCUCUGGGCCGCUACAACACCACACUCAAGUGCAGGAAUGCUGCUGAUGGUGAUCUUCCUUUGCCUGAGCAAGAGAGCGCUGAAAUGCAUCGACUUUUGCAGCUUGAGCACGCUGAGGACCAAAGGACUCUCGAGUCGGUCCCUGGCGCAUGGAAGGGCAGCGUUCGGGCCGGCAAUACUGCGCGAGGAGGUGGCUUCAAAUCAGCCAAGUUUGGCUACGAUGAAGAGACGCUACGAGGAGCCGCGCCAUCGCCUUCUGACUUCAAAGAGAUUCGGAAGGCUCCAAUCAUCCACACUUAUGGGGACGGUGGCCUCGUCGGCGAAGCGGACGAUGAUGAGCUGGAACCUGGAGAGGAGAUCUUUGCCGAAAAGGACAUUGUAGGCGGACCUUCUCACCGGGGCGCCGGGCACGUCGUAUUUCCGGAGCCUGAGACGCUCGCUCCACCUAAAUUGCAACGCUUUGCAUGGCAGCGUGAAAGGUCACGCUCAGGGUACGAGCCUGCUGGUGCUGUGGAGAUCUAUGGCAACAUGGCACCUCGUCGCGAAGAUGACGACCCCAGCGCUUUCGGUCAUGGCCAUGGGAAAGAGUCUAGUGCCGGUGGCUGGGGAGCAGGCAUGCUCGGCCGAGUUUGGGACUCGUUCUGGGCCACGCCUGCCGUCCAAGAUGCGAGCGAACAUCCACACGAUCUCACUCGCACACCUGCACAGACCUACCGAGACUCCUUCGUGACUCAGUACGACCGUCAUGCUGAUGUGCCGCACUCCGCGCAAAUGGAGCAAUUCGACCAACGCAAGCAAGACACCAUGACGCCUGCAGAUCACUUGUCAACAUAUCACGAUCGGGGACCUUCCAAGCUGGGCAUUAGCGGAUGGUUCCGCCGAGACGCGAGUCAAGGGAGUGCCGGAGUAGAAGAGGGUGCUCAAGACGUGGGAACUUUCCCUUCAAGUCGCGAGCAGCCUCUUGCGCCAACAAAGCAUGCCCGCACCCCUUCGCAAGAACGACGUGCGUCACAGGCUCGUCAUGCUGCUGCGGCGCGUUUGGCAGUCUUGGAUUCCUCGCGCGAGGGUGCAACAGCGCUCAGUCCACGCUCUCGAUCUCGCUCUGAACUGCGCGCUCGCGAAGAACAAGCAAGUUGGAAUCAACAGCGCCGCAAAACCAGCCCAUCUCCGUCACGAGGUGCCCACGAUGCGUCUGGACCCACUUCGUCAAGGCGUUCCAGCUCAUCUCUAGGCGACGAGCUGCCGCACAUGCCCAGCCUCAUGCAUUUGCCUGCCCAGCCGACUUCUCGCGCAUCGCAGCAGCCCAACCUCACCGCCCACCAGCCCUCUUCGACCCCUUCUUCCGAGCGGUCGUCGGAAGAAUUCGCGGGCUACAAGUCCAACGAUCCCGCUUUCAUGCAGAGACGCGGGUACGGAAGCGGAGUGGACGGAUACUCGAGCGCUGAAGAUGAUUAUGGAUCCGAUCAAGGCCAUGGCUACGGCUUUGGGCACCCUCAUGGUCUCGGUGCUGGCGAAGAGGACGAUGCGGACUUCUGGGAUCCGAACGCUCGGCUUGAAAACACUGGUCGACCUGCUCCUGUACAAGAGACGCCGGUGUACGUUCGGACGUUGGGCAAGCUCGUGCGAAAGCUCAGCGCGAUCGCUAGCGUUGGUAGCGAGGAGAAGAGCGUGCUGGAGCGUAGCGGCAGCAACGCUUCCGCCUUGGAUCCUUAUACGGUCUCAGGAUCGAGCGCGAGGAGAGCUAGGAGCAGAAGUCACCACUCCAGAGGACCAUCUGCACCUUACGACAUAGUCGAAGAGGGAGAGGCGGAGGACACCUCGCACGCUCGACCUGACAGACUCUUGCCAGGAGGUUGGAGAGGAGCUCGCUGA